UUCAUUACAUUAAGAGUGGAUAUCUCGAUUCAAUUUUUGAUUGUGACGAAUUUCGAGCAUAUAACUAGCUCGGUUUCUCGCUUAAGGAAUUCAUACGAAUUUUCUCCAUAGACGCUAUAAUGUCACCGAAGAUGGUACUCGUCUGGAUGUCAUGGGCGUUCAUUUUGACGUCCUUCGUUAGUUGUGAAACUAUCGAAGAUGCUCUUCACAACGUGUUCAGACGUCUGACGUACAUUGAAAAUGCUAUGGCCGACAACAAUAGGAAUUCAAACGCCAAUUGUAAUACCAAUAAAAUCAGCAUUGGCAGAAGAAAUUCACUAAACGGUGAAACGGCAACGGACGGGGCUCUCGGAGAUAAUGAGAGCGAUGAGGACUUGCCUACUCUUCGGAAUAACGAUGAACUCAAUGACGACUCAGCAAACCGAAGAGGUUACAAGCUAAAGAAAACCAAGAGGAGGCGAGGAAGGUAUAAUAAUCGUGAUAGAUCAUUCUCGGUUGAUAGCUAUUAUCCUCAUACAAGCGGAUCGGCAGCUGAUCUAGAUACAAACAUGAACACAAAUCGAAAUGUUAAUAAAAAUCGUAACGUCAAUAUUAAUAAAAAUGUUAUAUCGAGACGUUCCGAUCAUGGCACUCAUCGUGUGGCUAUUCCGGCUGAACAUGAUUCAGUGUCGGCCGAAGUGUAAGUUUGAGAGAUCUGAACCAAUUAUAGAUAAGAAGAAAAAUGGUUUGAUAAAAAAAUUAGAAAUAUUUGUUCUUGUCAAAAUUAGAAGAACAUAAAUGUAUUUGAAAAUAAGUUUAAUAAAAUGGAUGUGUCAAUAAGCAAAAUUUCAAAA